AUGACCUACACUUCAUCUUCAUCUCAGCUUUGCUCUCUCACAGAAUGGUCUAUCACUCAUAUUCGCAGUAUCUUUGAGGCUGACACCGACGAUGACGCUUUAGACGCCAUCUCCGGGACGUUUUCUCCUACGUUGUCUGCUACACUAAAUGGAGUCCCACUUCCUCGAGAAGGCCUCGAGAAACUUGUCCUCUCUAUGCGACACGGGAGCUUUGGUGGGAACGGGCUACGAGUACAGUGGAAAUACACGAUGGAGGUCCCCAAGGACUCGACAAAUCGAGAAGGAGCUUUCGGUGGCGUAUACACUAUAAGUGGCCUCCGAAAAACCUUACCAGGAUCUGGAAUGGCCGCGUAUUUUACCCGACAUAAGACAGUGACAGUAAACAUAGAGUCACAGGGCUCCGAAGAACCGAACGUGGACAGUCGUAGAAUUGUUAGCUUGGUUUUUGUGGCGUCAGAUAUGCAGGAAGACAUCUAA